CAUCACAGUUCUCCAGAUGAUUUAUUGUUAUAUUAUUAUUAAAAAUGUGUCUGGUGAGAUUCUUCAGGUAUGGCUACACCACAUGGACAAAAGAAUGCGGACACCCAAACCUCUCUUUCACAUUAAUCUAAUGCCACUCUUCUGAUUUCAGGUUUUAAAUCAUUCAGACACGAGAGUGUUAGUGAGGUCCAACAUGGGCACCAAGGACGGACUCAUGUUGAUGUUCCAGCUCCCCAACGACAAACUGGGAAAACCAUUUCUCUAUGGAGCUGGUGUCGUGCACGUCAUGGUGAAACUCACACACAUCUGGAGGCGCAAAUUGAGGGAAACACUUUUGAAGAAACCGCUUCACCUCCUCAGGUGUCUAACAGGUAUCUUGUUCAGCAGCAGUCCAGUUCUUCCCUGACAUCCGGAGGCUUUUAAAAGGAGGAUUUGAAAGGCAGUCUUCCUCCUGUUGCUCUGAUACUGGACAGGUAACAUGGUCGGACAUCAGUGGCUCCCCUGGAUUAAUAAUCCGACCUCUGGCUCGGCCUCAGUGAGCUCAGCCAAGCAGGAACAGGAAAUAUCUUCCGGUUGCCUCAGGACCAGAAGAAACACGAGCUGUCGCCACUCCGGUCCAGUCGUCGCUCUCUCAACACUCUGCUCGCUGCUGCUCGCUGCCUGCGUUGCACUUUCUGUCUUGUAUAACAACGAGUCAGACCGCAGGCCCACCUGGAAAAACCUCCUCUUUAACUACCAGAACAUCAGUGAGAGCUGCCUCGCUCUGACCAAAGCAAACAGCGACCUGAGAGGAGAAAAUGAAAGGCUGAGGCAGCGGAGCACCUGGCUGGAUGCACAGAACAAACUCCUCAACAGGACUUCAGCCCAACUAAUGUCUGUGAAUCUCGCGUUGAGUUUAGAAAGCACGGAGCUAACGGAGCAAAUUGUGAAUCUGACUUCUACGAACUUAGAGCUCGCACAAGAACACCAGAGUCUGGUCCAGCACCGAUCAGAGCAGGAGGAGGAGAAGCUGAACAUGUCUCAAACUAUCAAACAUCUGGUCAACACCGGCACCCGGCAGGAGGAGGAGGCACGACGGCUCUCUGAGCUGAACGGCCUCCUGAGGGACGAGCUGUUUCAACUGAGGGAGAAGAAUGAAGAACUUCUGGAAAACAACCACAAGUUUGAUGGAGAAAUUAAAAAUCUGAGCGAGCAGGUCCGAGCUUUGUUGAUCGAUGACUGCGACGAGGCGAAGAAACACAACAUGCAGCUGCAGGAGAGAGUCACAAAGCUUCAGGAACGAAGCCAGAACCUGAGCAGCACGUUGACGAAAGAGAGGCAGGAAGCGGCAGAGCGAGAGGAAAGCAGGAGAAACGAGAUGGACCGAGUGGUGGCCGACAUGCGUUCAGUGAAGGAGGCCUUCCACUCCUUAGACCUGUACUGCCCUGUGCUUCAUCACCAGACCAAAGAACGGGUUUGCAAAAAGUGUCAGAACAGCUGGAGACUGUUUGAGAACAAGUGCUACUACUUCUCCACCCGCAUGCUCACCUGGAGCUCCAGCAGAGCCUGGUGCCAGACACAAGGGGGCGACCUGCUCAUUGUUGACAGCGAGGCAGAGCAGAGCUUCGUUUUUGAGAGCAGUCGGGCCGUGGAGCAGAGCGGCAGUCGGCUGUGGAUCGGUAUGACCGACGCUGAGGUGGAGGGCGAGUGGCUGUGGGUGGAUGGCAGCUCCGUCGCUUCACGUGCACAGUACUGGCUGAGCAGAGCAGGAACGGGGACUGAGCCUGAUGACUGGAAGCUGGACGACCCCCUCGGAGAAGACUGUGGACACAUAGACACCAGUGAGAACGCUCUCAAGUCCUGGAUGGAUGGCUCCUGUACAAUACCUUACAGGUGGAUUUGUGAAAAGAAUGUUUAGAUCAUCCAAGAACAUUUUGUCUCAUUUUAUAUCAUAAAUGUAGCGGUAACACACUAAUUUGAAGUCUGAACUUUCUGUAUGUCGGGAAUCACAUAUGUAUACACCUGCUGCUACAGUAUGUAUUACAAUAUUAGGCAUAAUAUGGUGAUGGAUGGACAUGUUUUCUUUCAAAAUAAAACAGCAUUUAGCCUUGGGAAUCCACCUUUUCAUUGCUCUAUUGCAGAGAAUAAAGACAGAAUCCGGCAGGAUGUUUGUCUUUUCUUACGUUUUUAUUAAUUUCGGUAUAGAUUUGAUCAGAACAGAUUUAACAAUCUGCAUUUUCUUUUUUCAAGCCAUGAUUCACAGUGUAAAGUUGUAGCAUUCAUUUAUGAAAUGUUGUCCUUAUAAAAACCUAAAACAAGGCAGAUAAGAGUGGUUUUCUACAGCAUGUUGAAUUCAACUUUAACUGAAAUUUAGUAGAUCUGAUGUGUGUGUUUUGGGGGGGCUGCAUGAAAAUUUCUUGGAC